UCUUUGGGAGAGAUUGAGAUUGAGAUUGAGAUUGAGAUUGAGAGAGAGAGAGAGAGAGGGGACGAAGUUGACAGCCGGCUUUUGCAGAUCUUAAUCUACUUGGGUCUUCGCGCAUGCCUUCCUCCCGCAAGAUUCUCGUGCCCCAAGGCGCGUCUCUUCGCUGUGUCCGGCAGCCAAAUCCAUCCGCCUCCCUUCCGCAAGAUUCUCGUACCGUAACGCGUGUCUCUUCGUUGUCUCCGGCAGCCACUUGUCCAUUGCAGCAGAAUGAUGCUGCUGUCGUAGCUUCUCCAUCACUGGAUUCUAAGAUCCCAUCCACCAUAUCCGACGCCGAUCGAGCCGAAGUCACUGUAUCGCACUCCCAUAAAGGCUGCUCAUCGAGUGCUUCAUUCGGAUUUCUAGUAGUAAUCAAUCACGAUUGGGAGUUGUUUUGGGAAGAUGAUGAGCUCCAACGAAGACAACGGAGGAGGAUGGCUUAUGGAUUACGGGCUCCUGGACGACUUCCCGGCCGCCGACUACAUCUGGUCUCCUCAGUUCCUUCACGAUCCCGCUGCCUCGAGCGCGAUCCUUGGGCUUGAGGUCGAGGUUCUGCAGGACGAGGAGGAUGCUCCCCUGGAGAAACGAGCACGAGUGGAAUCAUCUGCUGCACCACGAACCAAGGCUUGCCGUGAGAAAUUGCGGAGAGACAGACUCAACGACAGGUUCAGAGAAUUGUGCUGUGUGUUGGAUCCCGGGAAGCCUCCCAAGGCAGACAAGCUUGCCGUUCUAAGAGACGCCACUCAUCUGCUAAUCCAAUUGCGUGUUGAAGCAAAGAAGCUGAAGGAGUCGAACGAGGCACUGCAAGAUGCGAUAAAGAAUCUAAAGGCGGAGAAAUCGGAACUGAGGGAUGAGAAGACGAGGCUGAGGUGUGAGAAGGAGCAGAUGGAGCAAAUGCUUAGAGGCAUCAGCUUCACAGGUCAAUCUGCUGCGGUGCCUGCAACGAACGACAAAACCUUUGCAUAUAUGCCAAUUUGCAUGUGGCAAUGGGUACCUCCGGCAGCUUUGGACACUUCUCAGGAUCAUGUGCUACGCCCUCCUGUGGCGUAGUGCUCUAAGAGUUCUACGAGUUGAUUGCUCGGAACUCGGAAGGAAUCGAGCAUGUAAUUCCAUUCAAAGUCUGGGAUCACUUGAUGUUGUAGUGAGGAUUAAAGAUGUCGAACGAUUGCCCAAAUAGAGUAAUAGCAUAAAAAUAAAACACCAGCUUCUACA